CGGUGGUGCCAGCGGAGAGCUUUGCUGCUUGCUGUCUGUGGUGUGGUGGUCUUGAGGCGGGAUGGGACACUGAGGACUAGGGUAUCCAGGGUCGUCAUGGCUGGCUGGCUGGCUGUGUUGUGUCUUCUCUAUCUUUUUAUGUGGGAGGAGGACGGGGUAAUGUUCUGGACAGGUCGACUUGCGGGUUACAAGGGACUUUUGCUUUCGUUUCUGUUCGUUUUAAUUCUUAUGGUGAUGAUGGGUUGGGGUUGGGGUUAGACUGGGUUUUAUGUAUAGCGAUGAUAGGGGGGUUGUUGAUCCCCCUGGCUUUACUUCUUGGUGGUGUUCAUAGCUUGUUUUCACUUGGACUGUACUUAUAGCUUCGAUUUUAGGGUUAUUUAGACCGAUGCAUUAUUGUGG